AUGUCUAAAAAUAAUAAUAAUAAUAAUAAUAACAAUAAUAAUAAUAAUUUUGAUUUUAAUCUACUGAAAGAUUAUAGUAUACCAUUGGAUGGUGAAGGAUAUAGUUUAUCAUUUUCUUUGGAAGACUUUAAUAGUACAUCUAAUGAAAUCAAUAGAAAUCCAAGAUUAUUCUUUAAACACUUUGGAUUUCUGGUAGUGAGAGAUGUACUGACUCCAGCAGAUGCCGACAACACCGUAUCAGAGAUAUUCGACAUCAUCGAGAAGAAGUCACCGGCCUUCAAAAGAAACGAUCGAUCAACAUGGGAUCACUUCCCAACUGAAGAAUCGAUCGUGCAGUACGGUAGUCCGUCUCGUCCACCCAUUUUCACACGUCAAUUCCUAAUGAAUCGACAAAAUCCAAAAGUAGCUCAGGUCUUUGCCGAACUCAUCGGUAACAAUGACUUGAUGGUGAAUAACGACCGUUGUUGUUUCUUCCGUCCGACUCAAGCCAAUGGCAGCGGACUCAUCGCAAAGCCAGAGUGGUCGACCAAAAGUAAUGUGCAUCUGGACAUGAAUCCUUUCAAUUGGAUGGGAGAUGGCUCGGCUUGUCGAAACGAACUGGCAGCACUCCGUUACGGCAAGCUUGGAGAGUUCAUCCAAGAGAACAAUCAACCGAGUUGUCACGACGGUGUUCAACUCCAAGGUGUUCUCAAUCUGCUAGAUAAUCACGAGCUUGACGGUGGUUACUGUGUUGUACCAGGCUUCAAUCAUCAUUUCCGUGAGUAUUUCAAAACCAAGAAACCAGAAUUCACAGCGGUCUCUUGGAAUUGGCAAAUCAAAGAUCCACUAUUCAAGUUUGCGAAGCGUAUCUCCAUGCGUAAAGGAUCAAUGGUAGUAUGGGAUCAAACAAUGCCACACGGAUCGAUCAACAACCAAUCUUGCAACCCAAGAAUGGCACAAUUCAUCAAGAUCUUCCCGACAUCAACCGUUUCAGAAGAGAGAUACAAGAGUCGUGCCGAUAUUGUUUCAACAAUCAUCCAAUCGAUGCCAGAGCCGUUCCCUCUUACAAAACUCGGUGCCAAUCUUUUCGGUAUAAAAGAAAAGAAUUUACCAACUAUUGACUAG